ACUAACAAGAACAAGGCAAUGCUGUCCUUCGUGCUUGGAGAGGAGGGUUCCAGACUGUCCUCCCUGCCUGGAUAACAGUGCACAGUGGCUAAUGCUGGUCACACUAAUCCUGUAUUAUCUAGCAUGUCAGUGGUGUGAUUAAAAGGGGCAGAGCCUAAAAUAGCAGAAAAUAAACAUUCGGCAUCCUCCCAGAUUGCAGGCUCCUGUAUCUGUGAACAUACCUGGCAGAGCAAGUGGGAUCUGUUCCUGUGCAGAAGCUGUUGGAAGUUAUUGGAAGUUAUAGCCUAGAUCUACUUGAAAGUACUGAUUUGAAUUUGACUGGGAUCGACAGAAAUGGCUCUAAUGAAGUGCGGCUGGCUUUGGAGAAAAAGUUCUGUCCUGCGUCGCUGGAAGAGGAGCUGGUUUGACCUUUGGGUGGACGGGAACCUGGUGUUUUACCAGGAUGAGACCCGGAGAGAUUACGAGGACAGAGUCAGGCUGAAGUAUAAAUGCACCAAUGUCAAGGCAGGGUCCGAAUGCACAGGUGUGGAGACCCCAGACGGGAUCUCAAGGCACUGCUUAGUGAUAAUCUAUAUGAAGAAUGGAUCUACACUAAUCCUCUGUGCAGGCAGUGAGGACGAGGCUCUGGCGUGGAAGCUGACAAUGCUGGAAGCAAAGGCCAACCCGGUGCAUUUCUACAACCCCUAUGAUGAGAAUUAUCACGCAGUUCCAGUGGAUGGCCACAAUGCGGUCUACAUCAGUCCAGGAUAUCCUGGUUAUGGCUAUGGAGCAGCUGCAGGCGUGCCCCACGUGGUUGUGCAGCAGCGGCCCUGCGGCAUGCUGGGAGAGGAGGUGGCGCUGGGGAUGCUGGCAGGGAUGGCCACUGGGGCGGCGCUACGCACUCUGAUGUGGAUACCCUUCUGGUGCUGAAGAGUUCACCUUCUAAGAAGAUCCUUCGUUAUCCCUCUUCACAGUUACCAUUGCAGAGAUCCUCAAAGCUGCAGUGCCCCACAGUUCUGUUCCAGUUGUAUAGUAAAAUAUCACCCCUGGAUGGCUGUUUAUAAUGUUCAACAGUAGAAAAGACCAUCUUGGACUGGCAGUUCAUUUCCAUUCCAUAAAGGCAUUCUGGACACUGGUGCUAGUGUUGAGGCACUUGUUUGUAACGUUAAUGACUACUUCUCUGGUCAACCAUAAUUGUAUACUAGUUUGGAAUUUUCCAUUUCUUUACAACAGCAUUCACUACUUAGCAAAGAAACCUGACAGCUGGAGUCACUAGACUAGACAACCUUUUAGUUUUCAUACACUAGAACUUUUAUUUUUUUCAAUUUGGAAGUUCAUAUUUUUUUCUUUCUUGUUAGAGCCCACUGGUCAUCAGUAUAGCUUUUUUUUUAGCCAAAAAGGUACAAGUGUAUAAAUAUAUACAGGAAGCAUAUACAAUACUUUACAAAUUAUAAUAACAUAUAUAUAUAUAUAUAUAUAUAUAUGUAUUUUCUGUCCUAUAUUUAAAAUACACAGUCCCCCUCUCCUCAACAUGGAAGAACAGCCUAGUUUCUGUUACAGCUGAGCUUUUCAGAUGAGCACGGCCAUGACCACACAGCUUUCUAGGAAAAUGUGGAGUCUGGUUCCACUGUGUUGAGAAAAUGCUGAGAGCCAGGCUUCCUCAGACAGCCAUGGGACGCACUCACAAAGCAAACUCAGGAGCUAGUGUAUUUAAAUAAAUACGUUCUUGUCAAUUUUUGUUUUUUGUAUAACAGGAUAGGGUUGGAGAAUAUAACUUUAUAGUAUUCAUAAAAAGCAGACUUUGCAAAAGAUUCUUUAAAUAAUUAAUUAGUUAAAGCUUUGUUAGCAGGGCCAAUAGUACCUGUAUUGGAGCUGUGUUUCUUGCAGUCCCUAUUUUCAACCACCAGGAGGAGACUGUUACAGCAUACAUAUGCAUGGAUUACUAAGCAUGAGCUACGUAA